CCACAGACCGCAGCUACCACCAGUACCCCCAAUCCCUUUCAAAAAAGCGCAGGCAGACGAGAGCUGCUGCACGCGGCCGCACGCACACCCCUCCGCUUGGCUCUUCCGUUCCGUCCGCUCCAAGCAAGGCACCCCCAUCCAAUUCCAGAUGGCGGAAGCCUGGGCGGUUGCGGCGCUCACGGCCGCAGCGUGGGCGCUGCGGGCGGCGGUGUGGGCGUGCCUCGCCGCGUCGGCGAUGCUCGUCGCCGAGGCCGCGUACAUGGGCCUCGCCAGCCUCGUCGCCGCGAUGCUGUGGCGCUGGCGCCGCCUCGACGAGAGGUACCGAUGGGAGCCCAUGCCCAUGCCCGUGCCCGGGUCCGGCGCCGGGGGCCGCGACGACGUCGAGGCGGCGGCGGACUUCCCCAUGGUGCUCGUGCAGAUCCCCAUGUACAACGAGAGGGAGGUGUACAAGCUAUCCAUUGCUGCGGCGUGUGCCCUCACAUGGCCACCAGACCGUAUUGUAAUACAAGUCUUGGAUGAUUCCACUGAUCCGAUUAUUAAGGAACUAGUGGAGCUUGAGUGCCAGGAUUGGGCAACCAAAAAAAUUAACAUCAAGUAUGAGGUUAGAGAUAACAGAAAGGGAUACAAAGCAGGUGCGCUGAAGAAGGGCAUGGAACAUAUAUACGCCAAGCAAUGUGACUUCGUUGCUAUCUUUGAUGCCGAUUUCCAACCUGAACCUGACUUCCUUUUAAAAACCAUACCGUUUCUUGUGCAUAACCCAAAGAUUGCACUUGUACAAGCACGUUGGGAGUUUGUGAACUAUGAUGUUUGCCUGAUGACAAGGAUACAGAAGAUGUCUCUGGACUAUCAUUUCAAAGUUGAGCAGGAAUCGGGAUCAUUUGUGUAUUCAUUUUUUGGCUUUAAUGGUACAGCUGGUGUGUGGCGUGUAUCUGCUAUUAAUCAGUCUGGAGGAUGGAAAGAUCGCACCACUGUAGAAGAUAUGGACCUGGCUGUACGGGCAGGCCUCAAGGGAUGGGAAUUCUUGUAUGUUGGUGAUAUUAGGGUUAAGAGUGAACUACCAAGUACCUUCAAAGCCUACCGUCAUCAACAACAUAGGUGGACCUGUGGUGCCGCUAAUCUCUUCAGGAAAAUGGCUUGGGAAAUCAUUACAAACAAGGAGGUGUCAAUAUGGAAGAAACACCAUCUGCUAUACAGCUUUUUCUUUGUCCGAAGGGUUAUUGCUCCCCUUGUGACAUUCUUGUUUUAUUGUGUUGUCAUCCCUUUGUCUGCCAUGGUUCCUGGUGUCAGCAUUCCUUUAUGGGGGCUGGUCUAUAUUCCCACUGCAAUUACAUGUAUGAACGCCAUAAGAAAUCCUGGGUCUCUCCAUCUGAUGCCCUUCUGGAUUCUGUUCGAGAAUGUUAUGUCCAUGCACCGCAUGCGUGCUGCUGUAACUGGUUUACUUGAGACUGCACGUGCAAAUGAUUGGGUAGUCACUGAGAAGGUAGGAGAUCUUGUGAAGGAUGACCUGGAUGUUCCACUCCUUGAACCAGUGAAGCCAACAGAAUGUGUCGAGAGGAUUUAUUUUCCUGAGCUCUUGCUUGCACUACUCCUCCUAAUAUGUGCUUCAUAUGACUUCGUACUUGGAAGCCACAAAUACUAUCUUUACCUAUACCUCCAGGCCUUUGCAUAUGUUGUAAUGGGGUUUGGUUUCGUUGGAACAAAAACUCCAUGUUCAUAGCUGCUGACAUAAUGUUACUAUUUCCCAUUUGACAGUUAGUUCCUAUGAAUACUGCCACUAUGCGCAAAGGUGAAUUUUAUCUGAUGGUAGUGUUAUUCAGGUUGCAGGGCCAUGGUUAGUCUAGUGGGGUUGGGGUUGGGGGCUGGGUGGGGGUUGGGCCUUUGGUUCUUAGAUUCCUAACAAGUUCCUCAACUACCACCGGUAAACUCAGUUUUAUGAUUUGCCACUGGUAAACGCGUUUUCACUGACAUACAUGUGUUUUCUCAAUAAUCACCUUGUGCUAGAUGUAUUCAUCUGUAACAGGUCCCAUCUCAGAACUGAGAGUGUAUUAUUGGCAUGGAUUUCAGAUUAUGGAUUCAUGGUUGUAAUAGGGAGAGAGGCAAGGUUGUAUCCUAGCUGGAUUUGGAACUUAUUGUAGCAUAUUCUUAUGAUUGCCAUUUGUAGAUUGGCACUCAAAAGGAUGUAUGGGCAUAACGAGAAGAUGUUGAAAGAUGAAAUUAAUUCUUGUAUUGUGA